AUGUCAGUAGUCGUAUCUCAUUCCAAUCAACCCAAAUUUUCAUCUCUCGGAUUUCCCACCUCCAGAUCUCAGCCUCUACCUAACCACUUGAGGAAAACCGCAACACGGUUCACAACGUUUUGCUCUCUGGAUGCAGCCAAUGCUCCAACACAAAACACCCCAAUUGAAUUAAGGUACCAUGCGUUUUCAACAUCAUUGGACAUCAAUCAGAUUCUUGACAUUCUUCCCCACAGGUUUCCAUUUCUUCUAGUGGAUAGAGUGAUUGAAUUCAAUCCUGGAGUUUCUGCAGUGGCCAUAAAGAAUGUAACAAUAAAUGACAACUUCUUUCCUGGACAUUUUCCAGAAAGACCAAUCAUGCCUGGUGUUCUCAUGGUUGAGGCAAUGGCACAAGUCGGUCGAUUGGUUAUGUUGCAACCUGAAGUUGGAGGUUCUCGUCAGAAUUUCUUCUUUGCUGGAAUAGACAAAGUGCGAUUUAGGAAGCCUGUGAUUGCAGGAGAUACGUUGGUUAUGAGAAUGACACUUAUCAAACUGCAAAAGCGAUUUGGAAUAGCAAAGAUGGAAGGGAAGGCAUAUGUUGGAGGUGAAGUUGUGUGUGAGGGUGAGUUUUUGAUGGCUACUGUGAGCGAUAAUCAAGACAAACCCCUCCACCAAAAAAAGAGAGAGCUGAUUCUGCUGCGUUUCUUUCAUGAUUCUGUUAGUUUAGCCCUGGAUUUUAUUUAUUUAUUAUUAUUUUUUUUAUGGAUGAACACCAUCACCAUUUGACUUCGUGUAC